AUGGUAAAUAACUCAUCACAAAUUUGCUUAACGAUCAGUCAAAUGGAAUUGUAUGGAAAUGAAAUGGAAAAGUACCUGCAACGUUUACUGUAUCCACUUGUUGCUAUAUUUGGUGUGACAGGAAAUGUGCUAAAUCUCACUGUCUUGCUCAACCGAUCAUCACGAAGCAGGUCAAAUAUCUUUCUAGCAGCUUUAGCAGUAGCCGACAUCAUAUUUUUAUUGUUACUUACACCAAAUAUUCUGGCUACAUAUCCAGUAUUUACUUACAACUAUUUUUAUCGUUAUAUUUAUUUUCACAUCAAAAUUCACUUAUUAUCAUUGACCAAUUGGGUAUCGAGCACUGCUAUUUGGUUGAUGAUUGCAGUAUGUGCUAAUCGACUAAUUGGUAUCAUGCGACCACUUCACGCCAAAACCGACUGGAAUCAGUAUCGAAUUUCAUUAAUAAUUGCUGCAAUAAUAAUAAUGACAGGAAUUGUUAAUUUUUAUCAACAUUUUCAAUAUGUGUGCUUAAUACGACACUUUUGUUAUGGAACUCAAAUUUACUCAAAAUGCCGUUCAGUUAAUAAUGAUAGGUUGGCAAUGCUUCUUAUUCAACGAUGGUUCCGAAACGGUACCAAUCCUUAUCCCACGUCAUACCGUAGAUUUAUUGAUAUUAGUAUAACGGUAAAUGCCGUGACAACGAUUAUAUUGCCAAUAUUUUUGCUCUCAUUUCUCAACGUUUUAUUACUGUGCACACUAAGAAAUCGUCGAGUCUUUUUGCUAGUUGCAAGUAAUCAAAAAUGGUACAAAUUUGAAUUCAAAUUUUGCAGUUCAACGAAAAAGAGUAGUACCUUCCGGUAUUUAAAAACGGAACAUCACGUUACAAUGACGGUUGCACUGAUUGUUACAGCAUUCAUUAUCUUGAAUGGUCCAUCAGCGGUCAUUCAUUUGGUUAAUUUAGCUCACAAGCGCAAACUAAAUUAUAACUUUAUAUUGCUUGGAAAUACUUUGGUGAUAAUCAAUAAAGCAUGCAAUUUCAUAUUGUUUUGCUUGACAAGCGAACAUUUCCGUGGGCGCCUUUUUAAAUUAACUCAGAAAAAAGUAAGUCGACGAAUGAGAAUGUUUUCGACAAUUUCUGUUAAAACUAGCAGUAAUAUACGCCAGCGUGUUCAAAGUUAA